GCUCUGAUGGUGGCAGAUAUUGUUGGAAAACGGGUAAAAUGUGUUGUUUAUCGUUCGCAGGCAGAGCUUUAAGCAGAGAAAAUGACUGCACUUUUGGUUAUAUUUUGGGAGAGCCUCCGCAGUUUUCUGGUGACAGUGAAUAUUGCGAACAAUCACCACGGAAAAUACAAAGGCUUUUUUCCUUUGUUCCCCAGCAAAAGGAUGCGCUGCGAGUAUGGUAAAAGAGACUGCACUAAGACGCCAGCGACCUGCUGUGCCUUGCAGAAAUUACCGCGUGUUUUUGUCAGUUUAUAUUACACCCAACAGUGCGUCACUUAUUUGCCUGCCCCUACUACGUGCUCCGUCACUGCGUUUAUAUACGCUGUUUUCGAGACGUCAUAGUCUCUUCUCGCAGACUGACACGAACUACUGGGAGAUUUUGUCUGCAGGAUCUGAACCACUGGAUGUUUAAAUGGCGUUGCGGGACUUUUGAACAACUUAUACAGGACUUCGGGCUUUGUUAUGAAAAUCGCGACUGUUUCGCGACAAGUGGGACUUUUGCGCGGCAUGGAGACGUAUGGUCCUUUGAAACCACAGUGCACUGCGUCUAAAGGAAAUAGAAUUAAGUUGCAGUAAUACAGUUGAGAACAGGUGCCAUGCCAUUUCACCUCAGGCUAGUGCAACCAAUUUAUGUGUGCCGACUGGGUGACCCAGAUGCCCAAGCGCCCAGAGGAGGCAAUUAUUUGAUCUUUAACUCAUUGGAGGAUGUUAGCUCAUACUCGCUGCGGCAAAUCGUCCGUCAACUUUCCGAUCUCUGCAGACAUGCUGAGAACAUUUUUUCCAGUAUUCAUUUUGAGGCGUCCUCUUUGGGGGACCGAACUACCCGCUUGAAGCACAGAAUUUCGUUUCUACAACAUAAUAUUAGCCACCUGGACCAUAAAAGGGUUACAGUGCCGGUUUCCAAUCUAGAUGAAGAAAGUAAAUGGACAGUCCAUUACACAGCCUCUUGUCAUCAACAAGAGAAUGUGUUCCUCUCAUCAUCUAGACCUUUAUGUGUAGAUGACCUUCACAGGCAAGCUAAAGUGAACCUUAAAACUGUGCUUAGAGAAUGUGACAAGCUUCGGAAGGAUGGCUGUCGCAGUUCACAGUACUACUCCCAGGGACCAACAUUCUCGACACUCAGACUGGAUUGCACAAGCUAUCAGGAAGAGGAAAAUACACAUGAGUCAAAGUUUUCUGUUUCAUUUAAUGAAGAGGAACAGAUCCUUUCAACCAAAAGGCCCAAGACUCCUGUGUUGCUUGAGUUUUCUGAAACGCUCACUAACUGGACCAAGUCACUGCCACUGCCUACUCCAGAGGAAAAGAUGCGUCAGGAGGCUCAGGCAGUACAGACAGAUGUAAUUCCUAUAAACAUAACAGCAGGUACUGGACACUCUGACCUAAGAAGGAAUUCAGUGCUCAUACCUGAUGAUUUUAAUACUUUGGAACAUUGUCACCACUCAAUGCAAUUUCUGGACACCAGAGAUUUUGGCUGCCAAACCAAUAAAAUAAAAAUAGUGCCACCAUCAAUUAGAAGAAUCAGAGCACAGAAAGGGCAAGGAAUUGGAAUUCUGAUGUCCACUUCCUCUGGCAACAUGUCUACUCUAAGUGACUCUGCAGCUUGUUCUUCAUAUCUAAAUGGUAACCUGCACUUCCGUAGUCUGCCCAGGAUUGGUGCAAGAGAAUCUCUUCAAUCCCUUAACCAAAAAAAUUAUUAUUACAGCAACAUGGAGGACCCUUUUACAACUUUGCCUUGGCAGUUAAACAAACUGCAAGUGGAUGAUACUAAUGUUCAAUUAAGGAGUAACCCUAGGUCAACUAUUAAUCAAAGGCCUGAGUCUCAAGAAGUAAAAAAUUCUACUAGUGAAAUUGCCUCAAGUCCAGCAUGUAUGGUCUCGCCUCAUUCUUCUUAUUCAACAAACAUUAUUCCAAAUGCCAUACUUUCAUAUUCCUCAGAAGUAAUAAGUAUUCACACUCCCCACAGAGGUGGACUUCUGGACAAGAAACCAAGAGUCCACAGUUCAUCUUCUAACAGAAAUGGUAUUAGCAGGGACUAUACUUCUGGCAUUAAAGAUAAUUCCUCACCUGGUAACUGGCGUGAAAACAGUUCAUCUAGGAACUCACAGAUAUCAGAUACAAAGUCACCUAUCAGUAAAAAAAGAGAUGUUCCACACAACGUUCCUUGCAAAAUUAACACUGGCUUUAACAACUACUCAUUUGACAGUGACAAUCAAAGUGAAUUAAGCUACUCAGAUGGUCGUCAAAGAAAUGGUAGUAUAACUAGCAGCAUUAAUAGUGCUGACAACUGGUUGUAUGAAUCUAGGCACAAUGACGGUGCUCCAUCUAGGAAACUAUCUUCUGUAAUUUCUGGGUCUCCUGUUAGCAAUAUGAGCGCCUGCAGUUCUAAGGGGAAGGUAGAUUCCAGCUCUUUGUAUUUUCUGAACCAUGAUGAUUUUUGCACAUCAAUGCAUAUAGAUUCUGGAAUUAGUUUGACGGACCAAAGCAUUCAGAAUCUACACUAUAAUAUAAAUAUCUUUGAAACAAAAAAAGCUGCAAAUAUAGAAGUGAAAACAGGAUAUAGUGACAAAUCACUUCCACGUAGCAUAUCUUUAAAGAAAUCUAAAAAUCCUCCCCCCCCACCUUCCAGGACAGACUCACUUAGAAGGCCAUCUAAGAAAGAUAUUCAGACCAGUGGGCAGGUGCUCAGUGAAACUCUUAUUGCUACGCUUCAACAGUCCUUGCAACUAAACUUGAAGAGUAAGAGCACUGGGUCCACUUUGCAGUCAAGUCACUGUAUGGAUUAUGCAGAUCCCUGCAUCAUGUGCUCAUGUAGCCAGAGUACACUUAGCAGCACUAGUAGUGGAAAAUCUGUUAUUGCUCCAAAUAUGUACACUCUCUGUACUGUGACACCCUCUCAGAGUGAAACCAGUAGCAUGAAAUCUGAAUAUGCGGAUCAGUGGAGUUCCUUUAUUGACUGUUCACAGACUCCAAAAGAGCAACCCAAAUCAUUUGCAAAACACAAUCUAAGUAAUCCUGAUGGUCUUAAUAAUUACAGUGCAUGUGAGCUGACCUAUGGAAUGAAGACCAUAGCACCACAUGGGUACACUGGAUCAGUUAAAGUUAGUAAUUCCUCUUCAGAAAAAACAUACAGAGUUACAUCACCAUCUAGUGGAUAUUCAAGUCAGUCAAACACUCCCACCACAUUGACACCAGUGCCUCUUUUCUCAAAGAAUAUAUAUCCAGAAAAUGGAAAAUACAAGUUAAAACCAAAAGUACCUGAAAGACGAUCUUCAUUGGUAUCCUCGGUUUCAGUUUCAUCUUCCUCUACUUCCCUUUCUUCAAAUACAUUGGACUCUCUGCAGCAGAACAUGCAAAUUUCAACUGUUAUGUUGUCAGCCCAUCACACUCUUCCAACCCCACAACUCACUCCUGACAUGCCCCCACCCCCAGCAAUGAAUGCAACCAACACAAUUUUUGUCGAGUGUUCACCAAAAUGUCCACCUCCUUCCCUUGAAUUUACAAGGCUAACAGCGGAUAGCAUGGAUAUGUGGCUUCCCUUCUCUCAAAACACUGCCAUGAGUAAACCUAAGGACAGUCUUCCAUAUCCUUCCUUUCCACCUUCUCUUUCCAUGAUGCACAGCAUGGUCCCAUCACCUGUACCUCCACUUAACAUUGAAAUGCUGAAAAUUGAAACAGAAUCAUUUCCUCUCAGAAAUUCUGAAAGCAGUUAUUUUGUACAUAAUGAUCACAGUAAACAUGAACUGUUGAUACCAACUGUUCCUAUAGUUACUUCUCAUGCACUAGAAAUGGUUCAUUUGAGAUCUGUGAAAAAAGCAUCACAACUGGAAACUAAAACAUUAAGAGAACACAUGUCAGAAUCCCACCUACAGGAUGAGACAUCCGCCUUAUUGGUACAGCCAUGUUUAGUACCAGCUGCUUCUCCAGAACUAAAUUCUAGUGAAAGCCAAAUAGAAAAUUUCAGCAUUCCUGCCCAGCAAGUCUCUGGUUUUAAAAGCAAUGCAGUGAAACUAACUAUUGGUGAAAUAGAAGCAGACAAGGCAUAUAAAGAGCACAUAGAAAAAAAUACAAAUUCAGCAUACAAUGGAAACUCAUCAGGGCCCAAAUUAUCUCCUCAUGAGAAACCAAGUAUGUCACAAAGCACACCAAAUUCAUCUCUUAGCAAGGAGCCGCCUCUUGUUUCAAAGAAGCCUAAACUUGUACUUAUUGCCCCAACGCCACAACUUGAUUUGGCAGCAGAAAAAAUAGCUCAAGUCACUGAAAAUGUGAGAAGCAUGCCAAAUGCCUUUGAAAAAGAUUCAGUUAGCAAAUGUUGUGUGGGGGAGAUAAAUGACAGAACUAAAGAUGAAGACAUAGCAGGUCCAACCAAUGGUUUGGCUCACCAAGAACAAGAAGCCUGGUUAUCCCCAUGCAAAGCUGCUAAAAAUAUGAUUUUCAUACUACCAUCAGUUCCAGAAAUUCAGAAUCAUCAGCAAAAGGAAGAGCAGCAAUCCAUGUCAGAUGAAUUCAACAUUAGUGGUAACAUUUCUGAGACUGAGAAUACAAGCUGCAACCAGAAUGCAUCUCAAGAUGAUGAGAGUGCUGAAGUGUUUAAUACAGAGACGGUGAAUUCAGUUCUCUGGACAAGCAGCGACAUUAUGGGAAAUGUAGAAGAGACCACUCCAACAAGGCCUGCUACAACUGAGGAUCUUUUUGCUCGUAUCCAUAGAUCCAAAAAAAAAAUUCUUGGACGCAAAGAUUCUGACGAUGAUCGUUGCAGAGAUCACUCGCCUUCUUCUCCAGUUACCCCAACUGGUAAUAUGCAUCUAAGUUCCUUCAAGCAGACAGGUUCAAUCCAAAGAAGUGUCAGAAAAACUACAACAAGUAGUGACAGUUUCAAAGCACUGCUGUUAAAAAAGGGAAGCAGGUCUGAAAGUGGCUUCCGCAUGUCUGCUGCAGAAAUGCUGAAACAUACUGAUCCAAGGUUUCAGAGAUCAAGAUCAGAAUCAUCUCUGGAGUUUCCAGAAAGCCCCACAUUGUCAUCACCAAACAAGAACAAGAAGGAGCAACAGGAAUGGGCAAAAAGUGAAGGGCUGAUGCCUAGAAGUAUGUCUGGCUCUGUUGUCCGGUGCAGCCGCGCCAAGACUCCCCCUUCUGCAUCUAGUAGCAAAUACAAUGUCCGUAGUCGUCUCCAGAGUAGCCCAAUGACUGUUAUAUGUGAAGGAGAAGGAGAGGGUUCAGAAACAGUGGAUAGCAGCUGUUCAAAGGGUCCUCUUUUGUUGAGCACAAAGAGUCUCGAUAUCUGUUACAGUGCUGAUAAAGAAGUGACCAACCACAUACUGCACAUAAACUUUAACACACUAUUAGAAAAGAGCACAGAUGUUGCUAGUGGCUGCACAGGGGAAAUAAUUUAAUACUGAAUGCCUCAUUGUAGCUUACUGAAAUGUAUAAAGUAACGGAAGCACUGGGAAUGCCCUAGCCCUGAAAAAGCAAGGUUGGUCAUUGCUUAGCACUUGUUAACUGAAGGAUGUGUUAUCUUCCAUGUAAGUUAGCAUUUGGUUGGGCUUGGUUUGGUAUGCAGCAACUGCACAAUAGGAAGUAAAAGCAGAGAUUUACCAGUGCAUCAGUAGAAAACUCAGUGUUUUAUGAACCUUAAACAACAUUUGCUCUAGAUCUAUUAACUCCUAUCAGCUUCUCAAAUAUUUGCAGACCAGAACAUGUCUUCUGAUUCCUCCAACUAGUUGUAGUGGAACAAAGUUUGUGCCAGCUAUUUUUACUUUGAGUUGUCCUAAACAAUAAUAUAUUCAUUGCCUUGAACAUACUGCUUAUAGAAUAGUCUUUAUUCCAAACAUAGUUUUUUGCAUUGGUUGAAAUUUGAGGGUUGGUAAUGGGUUUGUCAGAGUAACACAAUUGUGUGCUAUUUACUAAUUUUUCUGGUACUUUUGUUUUUUUUUUUAAUAAUUUCUUGUGUAAAUUUCAGCUGCUGUGCAGCCAUACAAGCCCAGGGUUGAUGCAAAAAUACUGAUUUUCAUAUUGUAAGCUCAUAGUGAACUUCUACUUAAGAUUUAAUGAAGUUUUCUAGUGAGCUGCAAUUUGAGUGCUGCAUACAAUCCAACCAUUGCAGUGUGUACGUUUCUACUAAAGGGAACUUUAGGCUGUGUUACUAGUAUAAGUGCCUUCAAUACAUUGUUUUGCAGUAUUUCAUAUUGCUUUGAAAUGUAUUGUUGCCUUGAAAGCUGCUGGAUACAUGUUUGUCUUUCUUCAGCUUGAGCUAUGAGCCGUCUUUGUAACUCUUGCAUUGUUUGGCAAUUAGAUCACUUGACUGCAAAAGAAUGUGUACUAGUUGUCAUGCUAAAUAAGCCCAUUGUUUUUAUCAUCUAAAAAAGAAAUGCAAAAUUUGAGAUUACCAAAGAAAACAGCUUUUCUACCUUUUAAGCAAUAUUAAUGUAAAAAUAUUUACUUCUUAAAGUUCAAAUAGCAUUCCAUGUCCCUUUUAUUAACUGAAUGCAUCAUUUAAUGUACUGUUAUCUUUAUAAUAUUUGUAUAUACUGACAUUGCAAAUCUCACCUUUUUACUUGCAUUCAAAGUUUGUACAUUUUUUACUCUACUAAAACUCUUUUUAACUCAUUUAUUGCUGGAGUUUUUGACAGCCAUAAAUAUGCAAUGCAGACCUGCAAUUUAUUUAUGUACGUUUGUUAAAUGUGGCUGUGACUCUGUCCUUUCUAUUACUGUACACAUUCAGGGGCCUUUAUUUUAUUAGUACUAUAAUAAUUCUGUGAUUAUGCUUCAAAUAAAGCAAGGCUGAAAAUACA